AAUUGUUCAUCAUCUUCAUGGCGGUUCCUAAGGCCGAUAGAGUACAUGAGGCGACAUCAAUGGGACCUUCUUCGGGCGGCAAGAGAGGAUUCACAUCAUGGAUAUCAUCCUUACUUUGUGGUGGCUCCCGGGCUUAUCGAAUGGACACGCCAGUGCAUGCUCGGACACGGAGAAACGGCGGCAAUUACUAUACAUCUGGCAGCAGCCAUAGAGAUACUCGGCCACUGCCAGUAGAUCCUUCGACGAAGGGGCCGAUCCGGAACGUAUACGACUCAAGACGAGGCAGAGGCUUGCCGGACUCUUUUUCUCCGCAUCGGCCGACCAAUAUCGUCGGAGGUAGUUCACAAUGUCGAUCUGGUGUGGGGGCCAAGGUGCCCCCUGGGGACUUGCUACCGGCUGUCACGUCACGGACACAUCCAGAGAUGCGGAUGAGCUCUAGAGAGAUGCGUGAUAUCUUCAAGUCGAUGGCAAGGCUGGCUGACCAACGGCGACUCACAGGAAAGCAUGUACAGAAAGGUGGUAAACUUAUGUGUGUCGGUGUCAACAAGCACGAUCUUGAGAGGGCGCAUAUUCAUGUGCCGCUUUCUAAGGCGUAUCCCUGGCUCACGAAGCCUUAUUCUUACGGGCCUGUUGGAAGCAACUCUGGCAGAACGGCGGCUACCACAGCGACUCCUGGGGGAAGCGCGUAUUUCGGUAGUGGCAGUUUUGCUGGAUAUGACACGCCAACGUUGCCUAAGAACUCAGUGGUUGGGAACGGGCGAACCUCGGACUUCCAAAAAAGUAGCAAAUAUCGAUAUCCACGGACAAAGAAAGGGGUUAACUUCCCUGUUGAUGAGUGUCCGCCUGUGACUUUACGUAGACGCUAUUCUUUGUGAGAAGGAGCAUUGCUCAGUGACAGUAGUAUUUCGAUAAUUAGUCGGGGUGUAUUUUGGUCUUCAAGGCAAGGCCUCCGUUGUGCACCUUCAAGGCUUGUUUAUACUAUGAUUUUCCACUGUCGCAGGGACCUUCUACUGAGGAUCGACAUAUCUACGUGGGGUCUCGGUGAUGAAUAUUGUAUCCUCUCUUCUAUGGCGUUUUUAGUCUCAUCAAAUAGUAGCUCUUACUCAACUAUCUCGUCCUUGCCUCUUCCUGCUUGCUUCGUCCGUCUCCGCUGUAUUUUAGUAAUGGUGGAUGAUCACUGUCGAGGCACACUUUUGCCUUAGUGAUGGUGACUUAUCGCAUAUCGAUAAGCUCUGUGUAUUUGAGGUAUGGC